AUGAUCACAUGCCAUCCCUGUCAGUCCAACCCUUCACUAACAACAGUUAUCCGCAAAGUCAUAAUACACCCUAUCCUCUCCUCAUUCAUGGUCUUCUUCCAGAAGUUCAAGUCGAUCGAGACGCUGAUGCCAAGCAUGGUGUCGGCAUUUUUGGUGAAAGAUCUCGAUUUUCGCGGCGAGUUAUUGUACUGGGAGCUUUUUGAACCUGGUUUCGGUAUAGGCCUUCCUGGCUGGUGCUUUGGGCGUUUCAUCCGUGGCACUCAAGAGGUUGAUGCGAGCGUGGUCAUACUUUGGCUGGAUCUUGUUAUGCUCAGCCACAGCGGUAGUAAUCUGGAUUCUGGCCUCUUCGAUAAUCUCUUUGAUGAUCACAGGGGCAAUCAUGCCGCUCGAAGGGUCGGUGUCCCGAGAAUCGAGGACAGCAGCUCGCGCGUUAGCACUCCUGGUAACGAUUCGGUUGGAUCCUUAACGCGGCAUUGUGACGGACGGUCUGAAAGAUAUUGGAAUACUAUGGAGGGUGCAGUCAGAAGGGGACCUCAACUAGAAGCAUACUAUCUGAGGGCCGAAAACGGUAGACUCGAGGUCCGCGUCCUCAUCAACGGCAAGCCUGCCGAGGAGUUCCCACCACCCGUCGAAUCGUGCCUCAACAGCGACAUCGGUACUGAUGAAGUGCCCAUCGUUCACCGUUUCAUCGAGAGUCAAAGCGGACAACGAUAUUCUAUCGAGGUCACAGUUCACCCAAACUUCGUCUUCACUAAUGGCCACAACCCAGUCAAGUUCUUAGCUGAUAUCGAUGGGACCAUCACCCUCAGUUGCCAUAUCAAUGACUUUGAAGUACAAGAGUCUGGUGGCCGCACCACUACGCUUACACAUAAGCUCAAUGGGAAGCGGAGUGGUAUGAAUUUGGUCUUUCAAGAUCUCCAGACCACCAGUCAUGAGACCAACGAGGCCAAUCUUGACCGACUCGGAUCACUGGGAACAAUCUUUGUGGGGGUAUACCAAGCCAUAUCAUAUCAGAAGUCAUGUACGGCCUCUACCAGCUCCACGACUACCAUUUCUGCUGCUGCAGGUCGAGAUGACUCGCCCGAGAUUGCAUACAAAGCCCUGACUUUCGACGACCAAGAUCAGACCCAUGGAACGAGCCUCGUACCACCCGAGCCGGCUAUGAAGGCCACAAUCGUUGAGCAUGCCAUGAAGUCAACAACUACCCAUACCAAGAUGAUGGCAUGUAUUGGAGAGGAGUUCUCGAGACCAGAAACAUCAUCGGUGGCGCUCAACAGCCAAUAG